AUGUCCGCCUGUCUACGAUGCAAUAUCGCGCCUGCCUUACCCGGCCAUCGCUUCUGCAGCCCUUGCGGCAGGAUAAUACACGCCGGCAGCCUGCAGCGUUCGGGACUUUGUAUGCGCGGCUGUGGCCGGACCGCGAAGCAAGGUCACCGAUUCUGUGUUCCUUGUGGUAGGUCGUACUACCGUUAG